AUGCCUCGCCCGAAGGUGCCGACAGCUGCUAUCCAGCCCGCGCAGGGCAAGCGGAAAAUCUUCGACGAAUCCGAAGACCAGAUCGCCGUCGCCGGGCCGUCUUCCGGACAGGGGUUCCGUCUGGGCUUUUCGCAGGGCUCAGAUGGAUCAGACGAGGAGGAUGAGGGAGAUUACGAGGAUAUGUCAGACGAUGAGGAAGAGGAUGAUGAUGACGACGACGAGGCGCCGGAGGCUGUAGCCGUCGGGGCGGCAAAGAAGGGGAUCAAGAGUCAGGAGGACGAGAUCGCCCAUACUCAACGAGCCAAGAGAGAAGCUGCAGUAGCUCGGUCCAAAGCCAUCGCGGAUGCCAAAGCGGCGCUGAAGGCUGGCGCCAAGAAGCCAACGGUCAACAAGCCCAAUCCGGCGGGUACGAAGCGGAAGCUCGCGUCUGCGGGCGCGGACGAGGCGGAGAAGAACGAUGGCGAUGAUGCGGAUGCUAAGAGGCUGAGGAAGCGGAUGGAGGCUGCCAUGGCUGCUGGAGAUGAUGAGUCUGACGACGAGGAGGAAGAUGGGGAGGGGAGCGAGGCGGGAUCAUUCCACACCGUCUCGGACGGAGAGGAAGACGAGGAGGACGAGGAUGAUGGCGAAGGGGAAGAUGGAGAGGGAUCGUUCCAUUCCGAUUCGGAGGAUGAGGACGAGGAGGAAGACGAGGAGGACGACGGCGCCGAAUCGGACUCCAGCGAGACACUCAAGGACGGACCCCUCUCGGCGAAGGAACGGGCGAUGCGCGCGCAAAUGCAGGCAAUGAUGGAGGCCGCGGAGGCUCGAUCUGGCGUCUCCGUCCCCGCCAAAUCCAAGAAGGCGGCGUCUACUACGGUCAAACCGGAAGCGGCGGCCAAAUCAGCUUUGAAGAGCGGAAAGAGACGGGCAGAGGCAGAACCGGUCGAGGAGGAAGAGGAUAACUUUGAUCUGGCGCCGCUCUCUGGCUUCGGAAGGCCGCUGUCCGCCAAGGUGCUCAAGGCGGCAGCGGCGGAGGAGGCCGAUACGGAGGUGCGGCGGCAAGAGGCCGCUCGGAUACGGAAAGAGCAGCAGAGGGAGACGAAGAGGGAUAAGCGGAAGAGGAGAAAAGUGGACAAGGAGGAGAUAGUGAGGGAUAUUGGGAAUGGCAAGCAUCUACAACUCCUCCAGCCCGACCUACCCGCGCCUGGUACCGGUCUCCCUCCCAUCAUGCCCGCACGCUCCUCUAAGCCAGCCGGCGCUCAAUCUAGGACGAACUUCUUCAAGACGGCUAUGAAAUCUAGCGGGGCCAUACCGGGGCGCGGCUUAGUCGAUGGGCGGAAGAGAGUUGGUAUUAUGGGAGGACCACACUCCCGCCGCGGUAUCUUCAUUUUUCUGCUAUCAACAUCCACGACAAUGCGCAGCGUACCCAACUCCGUCCUGAGCGGUGCAACAGCGGAACAGGCAGACCGAGCGUGGUCUUUGAUCGAUCAGAAGAUUGCGGCAGUGGAGGACCUUCUUGCGGACGAGGCAACGGUCAAAAGAGUGCGCACUUACGUUGACCAUCUGCGCAAGAGCCAGAUCAGACCUACGGGUGCGAGUGCGGAUGCGGGUACGAGCCUCGGCGAGAAGGGGGAAUCACGGUCACGCACGGCUACCGAGCAGUGGCUUUUGGACGGACUCGAAGACCGCCUCACGAGCCUUGCUGGGAGCGUCACAGCGAUCACGCGAGCGACGCUGGCUACUCGUGAAAUGCACCAGAACGAGGCAGCACAACGAGGAUGGUACAUUGGUCCCGACGAGCUCGAAGAGAGAUGCAAGGAUGAAGAUGCCAUUCUCGAGGAGAGUGAGGACUUCCAGAAGCGAAUCAUAGAGGCGACAGCUGCGUGCACCGAAGCGAAGGACCAGCUGAUCAAGGCAUUGGAGGCCUUAGGGGUCAAGGGGGAGGAGUUGAAAGGCGGAGGGGCAGUAUUGCGCAGGGGGUGA